CAACCUGAGGACUGUUUGCUUUCGUGUUCACUUUCUGAUUUCCAGUGAUAUGUAAAGGACAUGGAAGGACAUAACUUUGGAAACGACAGGCUUAUCGUACCCACUGACUUCACAUCACUGCCGGUGUCAAGGAAUAUCCAGGAUGACCUGGUGCCCCCAUCGCAUUUUGCAUCAAGUGCCCAGCCUGUUGGAGCACACAGAGGCAUCCAAGUCUCAGGGCCCCCGCCAUCUAUCUCCUGGAUAAACCCAAGGGUAUCAUCAGCACAAUCAGGGGAUCCCAGUUCUGCCAACCCAUGGCUGGUCAUCACUCAGGCCCGGCAAGAAAUACUGGAGCUGAGGAAGGAAAAUCAGAGGAUGAGGAUACUACAAGGAGACAGUGUGAGAGGAAGAACCCCAGUGGAUCACCCAUCAGACUUUGGGGCAAGAUCUACAGAGAAAAGUGAGAAGUGGUCCAGAUUGGAGUCAGAGUGGCGUCUUGAAGCAGAAAAGCACAAGGCUGAAGCUGAAAGGUUGAAGGGGCAGGUGGAGGCCCUGAAGGAGACUGCAGGGAGAUUCAGGGAAGAGAUGAGAGACAAAGACAGCACCGUGAACAGACAGGGCCAUGAUUUGGAAGCAAUGCGUGAGGAGCUUUGUAAGGCAAAGUCUCAACUCGGCCAAGUCAGAGAGGAGCUCACUCGCAGCAGCAGACAGAAGGAGGAAAUAAGCUCAGAGCAUGAAAGACUAAAGAGAGAGACUGGUGAGGAUCUUACAAAGAUGAGGAGAGCUGUAGAGAGGAGCAAAGAGGAAACCCGGGAGCUUGUUCUAAAGGCUGAGAUGAGCAGGCUACAAGCAGAGGAAGAGGCCAAAAAACAUACUCUUAGAAUGUCAGAGCAACUGGCGGAAAUGGAGAAGCAGCAUGAGAGAGAGGUGCAACAGUUAAAUGCUUCCCACUGUGCAGAGUUGGACGCAGCAAGAAAAACAAACUGUGAACUACAGGACAGACUUCAAGCAAUGACCUCAGAAUUGCUGCAGCUUAGAAGCAGUCUGAUGGAGGUAUCUACUGAGAGAGACGGACUGAAAGAACAUUUAAGACAAAUGGGACAAGCUUUUGAGACACAAUCGGCAACUCUGCACAGCCUCAGAAAUUACAUCGGCCAGCUCACCCCUGAGAAAGGAGAGAAGGAACAAUUAAAUGAAACUGUCGAGAGGCUGAACAAGGAGAAAGCAGCUCUUCAGAUGACAGCAGAGCUUUUGACAGUCAGACUUACCUCCAUGAACGAGAUACUCGCCCUCCAAGAAGAAAAAAUGGUGAAGAUGACCUCAACAGACCCACUUGUGAAAAAUGGAUCUGAAGGCCUCCAUGUGCUUCACCUCUGGAGAGAGAAAGUCUUCAAGUUAUGCGUCCAGCUUCGUUCAAAGGACAUUGAACUACGAGGAGAGAAGGAUAAACUUCUGUCAAAAGUCAGAUUCAUGCAGCAGCAGUUCCAGCAAGAGCAACACCGGGCAAGUGUGCUCCAACACAGUCUCCAUGACAGGAUAGCUGAACUGGACCUGGAGAGAGUUGAGAAGGAGUCAUUGAAACAGGACAUCGCCCAGGCUCACAGGGAAAACUCACAGCUGAAGUCACAGAGUCACAAAACAGAGACUGAACUCAAAACCCUAACAGAAGCAGUGCAUAGGUUCAGUCUGGCAUUUGAAAGCAAAGUGGGGGAUGUGGACGCAGCUCAAAUAAGGCUCAACACUUUUACCCAGAGGCUAACUUUCGCUAAAAGACGAGUUGACACCAUCCAUGGUUUGAUCAUGAGGAGGCAGGCACUGCAGAAAGUUCAGCAGGCCAGUAAACAGACAGAACAUGCUGCUGACAGCAUCAGAAACCUGCAGACGGAGCUGAGUCUGGUGAGUGAAGAGAGGGACAAGGUAACACAGGAGCUUAAAAGAACCCCGGAGCUCAUCGAGAAAGCAUUGGCUGAUCUGAAAGAACAAUAUGAGAACAAACUGAGACAGCAGCAGCAAGAGCUGCAGCAGAGCUGUUUGGAGGUCCAGAAGGCUGUGGCUGGCCAAGAGGAGGCCCAGCAUAGCCUGCAGCAGACCCAGGCCCAGCUGGACGAGAGCAAGGUCAACCUGGACAAACUCCAAUCUGAACUGCUCAGCCAGCAGGAGCACAGCGAGCAGGCCCUGCAGGACAGAGUGUCUGAGAUUGAAGACUGCUGUGCUGAGAAGCUGAGGCAGAUGGAGAUUCAAGUCAAUACGGCCAGGAAGGAGCACACCAAAGCAGUUAUGACUUUGCGGCAGUUUGAGAGAGAGACGGUGAAGAAACAAAGCCAAAUGACCCAGCAUUUGCAGAGUGAACACACAAACAGGGACGUCCACUAUAAACAACAGAAGGAGACAGAGAGGGACAAAAACCUUCUGCUGGCAACUGAAAGAGGGCUCAUGAGUGAGUUUACAAGAGCUUGCACACCAGCUGUACAAAACUCUACUGCUCCCUGGGAACAACGAGAAAAACCGAUUGCAGAAGCAAUAACCCAACUACCUGCAGACAUGAGACUCUUUUCCGUUUUGGAGGAGCUCCACACUCUCAGUGCUGCAGUGGUGAACAGCUCUGAGGACUCUGCAGAAGAGGAGGGGCAGCAUGACAGCAUGGGACCAUCCACGGCUGAUACCUGGAGCCAGUGAACACACAUUUAAUUUGUAUGACAGGUGGGCAGUUUUGAUGCUUUGGGAGACAAAAAAAUGCAGUUACUGGAGACAAACGGGAAAACAUGGAUAUCACAUUGUUACUGGGUGUACAACAAGAACAAAAGCUGCGAUAACUAAAUGUAACAAAAAUAUAAAUCGAGUUUAUACAUUUAUUUUAAUAUAUCUUCUGCAUCUAUGAUGAUGAUUUUUGUCGUGAAGAUAUAUCCAAAAACUACAGAUAAAAUAACAGGAUUAUAAAUAACUUGUCAAUGGAAAAACACUGGACACAUGGUGACAACCUCAUUAAAUGUAAAUAUUUAACUAGACUUGUCAGUUUCAUUGAGCUUUUUAUUCAUUGGCAUAGAGAAGCUACGCAGACACAAAUACAGCUGACAUAGUUCUCGUUUAAAAGUUCAUGUGAUGAUCCAAGUGGGGUUUUUUUAUUAUGCAGAGA